AUGACUCUAACCAAGAUCAAUUUCAUCACCGGAAACAAGAACAAGCUCUCUGAAGUAAGAGCUAUCUUGGGCAAUGUGAUCGAGGUGGAUAACCAGGAAGUGGACGUUCCAGAGAUCCAGGGUACGAUAGAAGAAAUCGCCAUUGAGAAGGCUCGUCGUGCCGCCGAAGCUAUCAAUGGUCCUGCCUUGACUGAAGAUACUGCGUUGGAGUUUCACGCUCUGAAGGGUCUUCCUGGACCGUACAUUAAAUCAUUCAUGGAAUCUCUCGGUCAUGAGGGUUUGAAUAAGAUGCUCGAUGGGUUCGAGGAUCGCACUGCUGAGGCUGUUUGCACUUUUGCUUUCUGUCGGGGACCUGGUGCGGAACCUAUUCUUUUCCAGGGACGUACUGAGGGAACUAUUGUUCGUCCUCGGGGUCCUACUAACUUUGGAUGGGAUCCUAUUUUCGAGUACGAGGGACAGACAUAUGCCGAGAUGGACAAGCAGGCAAAGAACCUGAUCUCCCACCGAUACAAAGCUUUGGUGAAGUUCCAGAAGUGGCUUGCAGAGGGUCAAGAGUAG